AUGUACAUCCCAAAUAAACCAGCGAAGUACGGCAUCAAGAUCGUCAUGGUAAAAGAUGUCAAGAGCAAGUACAUACUGUCAGGGAUCCACUAUCAUGGGAAGCAGGGGACACGGUCGACAGACGGGCAAAACCUUGGCCACUCCUUCACCAAGGACCUGACACAGCGCUACCACAACACCAAGAGGAAUGUAACAACCGACAAUUGGUUCACCUCUGUGCCUCUCAUCCAGGAUAUGCUGCACAAUUGUGGGAUGACGCUGAUUGGGAUAGUCAGAGGAAAUAAGUCAGAGAUAGCAGAAGAGAUGAAGGAGAAGACCACACGGGCUCCAGGUUCCAGUGCCUUCCUGUUCACGAAGGACAUGACACUGGUGUCGUAUGUGCCCAACGCCCCUUCCAGCAAGAAAAUUGUCCUCCUCAUGUCUUCAAUGCAUAGAAGUGCGUAUGAGGAGUUUGGAAGUCAGCUCGGGACCAGUACCCACUUCAGCAGUGACUCACGGGACUUGGAAAGCCGUAUGAGGAGUUUGGAAGAAAGCUCGGGACCAGUACCCCCUUCAGCAGUGACUCACAGGAUCUGGAAAGCCGUAUGA